ACACACACACACACACAACACAAGCCCCGAGGUGGGAAAAAGAAAAACAGGAGGAAGGCCAUGAAACCAUCACAAGAAUUUUUAGAACAGGGAAUACCUCAACAGAACCUGAAGAGGGCAUCCUGUACAACUGUGAUUACAUUAGCUUAUCAAAGCCUGGGAGUAGUCUAUGGUGACCUCGGUACUUCUCCUCUCUAUGUUUACAAAACCGCUUUCUCAGGGAAGUUGAGCCUUCAUGAAAAUGAUGAGGAAAUAUAUGGGGUGCUAUCCUUCAUCUUCUGGACAUUCACGCUCAUUGCACUCUUCAAAUACAUUUUCAUUGUGAUGUCAGCUGAUGACAAUGGUGAAGGUGGUACCUUUGCAAUAUAUUCCCUUCUGUGCCGACAUGCAAGGCUAAGCAUUCUACCAAAUCAACAAGCCACAGAUGAGAAGUUAUCUGCCUAUGGAACAGAUGGACCAGCAGACACAUGGCAGAGUUCUGCUUUGAAGACAUUAUUUAAAAAGCAUCCAAGACCUCGUAAUGUUCUGUUGAUCUUUGUUCUCCUAGGAACCUGUAUGGCAAUUGGUGAUGGAGUACUCACCCCUUCAAUAUCAGUUCUUUCUGCAGUUUCAGGUGUUCAACUUAAGAUCAAAGAACUCCAUGAGAAUUAUGUUGUUCUAAUCUCAUGUGUCAUAUUAGUGGGGCUUUUCUCAAUUCAGCACCAUGGAACACACAGAGUUGCUUUCAUGUUUGCUCCAAUUGUCACAACAUGGCUUCUAUGCAUUGGCAGCAUUGGGGUAUAUAACAUAUUUAAGUGGAAUCCACAUAUAAUUAAUGCUCUUUCUCCGGUUUACAUGUUGAAGUUCUUUAGAAGUACAGGCAUACCUGGCUGGGUGUCAUUAGGAGGAGUGGUUCUUUCAAUCACUGGUGUUGAGACCAUGUUUGCUGAUUUGGGGCAUUUCACUUCUCUCUCAAUAAAGGUGGCCUUUACAUGUCUAGUGUAUCCCUCUCUAAUUCUUGCUUACAUGGGUGAGGCUGCUUUUCUUUCUAAGCACCAUGAAGAUAUUCAGAGAAGCUUCUACAAGGCCAUACCAGAACCUGUAUUCUGGCCAGUGUUCAUUGUGGCCACUUUUGCAGCCAUAGUUGGAAGUCAAGCUGUAAUAUCGGCUACAUUUUCCAUUGUAAGCCAGUGCUGUGCACUAAACUGCUUUCCGGCCGUGAAAAUUGUCCAUACAUCCAGUAAAAUAUAUGGGCAGAUAUACAUUCCUGAGGUCAAUUGGAUUUUAAUGUGCCUUUGUUUGGCCGUGACAAUUGGAUUGAGAGAUACUAACAUGAUGGGUCAUGCAUAUGGGUUGGCAGUGACUACUGUUAUGUUUGUGACAACUUGUUUGAUGGCUCUGGUGAUGAUAAUUGUGUGGAAGCGAAGGCUAAUUUAUGUGGUUGCAUUCUUGGUGUUUUUUGGAUCGGUGGAACUGCUCUACAUUUCAGCAUGUGUUUACAAGGUUCCAGAAGGGGGUUGGAUACCACUUGUUCUGUCGUUGAUUUUUAUGGCAAUAAUGUAUAUAUGGAACUAUGGGACUAUGAAAAAACAUGAUUUUGAUGUGGAGAACAAGGUUUCAAUGAAUAGGAUAGUGGCUUUGGGGCCUAGCCUUGGCAUGGUCCGUGUCCCUGGAAUUGGACUUGUUUACUCUAAUCUAGUGACUGGAGUUCCUGCUAUAUUUGGACACUUUGUGACUAACUUGCCUGCAUUCCAUCAGGUUCUAGUUUUUGUCUGUGUCAAAUCUGUUCAAGUUCCCCAUGUCAAUGAAAAUGAACGGUUGCUCAUUAGUAGGAUGGGCCUAAAGGAGUAUAGCAUGUUCCGAUGCAUCGUGAGGUAUGGUUACAAGGAUCUGCAACAGGAGAACUAUGAUUUUGAGAACCGAUUGGUGUCUGAAAUAUUACAAUUUGUAGAAACAGAAGAAGAAAGUGCUCCCAGACCAACUACAGAAGAAUGUGUUGGAGACUCAGAUAUUGAAGUUUUGCAUGCUUCAGGACACUCUCGCAAAAAGUCAAAUCAUAAAGAGAACACAGAGCGAUCUUCACAUGAUUUCCGAGUGACUGAAUCAGGUAUUGAGCAUCCAGAUAACUUUCUACUUAAAGAUGAAUCUCUCCAGAUACUGAAAGCCAAAGAAUCUGGUGUUGCUUAUAUCGUUGGUCAUUCUUAUGCAAAGGCGAAGAAAUCAUCUUCCAUUCUCAAGAAAUUUACUAUCAAUGUUGUAUUUGCUUUUCUGAGCAAGAAUUGUAGAGAACCUGAGGUGGUCCUGAAUGUGCCCCACACUUCUUUGCUAGAAGUCGGCAUGAUUUACUAUGUCUAACUUUCACAAAAAAGCAUGCACAUUACUGAACAGACGGAGCUGCACAAUAAAGGAGCAAAAUCUGGUCUUACCAGCAACAUAGAUGUUUAUUAAGUAGUAUAGAGUUAGGAUGACAUUAGGAUAAUAAUAUUAGAGAGCCCUUCAAUAGGCAUAGUUUUCGACUGCUAAUCUUCAAGUUUGUAUCUUCAGUGAAAGUUGAUUAUCUGAUUUUAUCAUGUAGCUAUAAAGCAGAACUAACAAUUCCUGAAAAUUUUAUGUUCUAAAAUUUCAAAGUUCUGCCUCAUUUGUGACACAGGAUACAAACUGAAAGUGAUUCCAA